AUGAAGAUCAACCCCGCACCGCUUCACCUUGCUCAGACAGUCAUCACUGGCCUUGUAGUCGCGUUCAGCGUUGCGAUUCUGGGAACCGCUGCGCAUACUCUUGACGUCUUCAACAAGCAGCAGACGUCUAACCCAUGGUGGCUUCCACUCUGGCCUCAGCACUUUGAUGUGCACGGCACAAAUGCGCUGAUCGCGUCCGCGACAGUGACUCUCGCUCUGUCUGGUGUCUUCCUCGUCAUGUCGCUCAUUCCUCAGGUCAAUCUUGCCAACAAGCACACUCUCCGUGCGCUCCUCGCCCUCGGGUCUGCAGGCCCCUCCUCCCUCCUUACUGUCGUCACUGUCAUCUAUGUGCACAUCCUGAAUGCCAAGUCUGAACUCGACACCAUCCAGACGUGGACGUGCAAAUACAAGAACAGUGCGCCCAUGCAGCAGGACAUGGCACUCGCAAGCAACAUGGGUAACGGCAACUUCACGUCGCUGUGCCACCAGAGCAAGUUUGCGCUCUACGGGACGUUGGUCGUCUUCGUGUUGUUGUGCGCCAGCAUGGGAUUGAGCGUCGUGGGAUGGAUGGCGGACAAGUGGACUGAGAGGCAGGAGCGAAAGGAGUUGGAGAUGCAGCAGUCGUGA